GCCCGAGCCUUUUGGAUUCAGUUCUUGGUCCGGACCACCAACUCAGAUAGGUUUAUUUGGAUGCCAUUUCUGAACAAAUAAUAAACCGUCUUGCAUUGGACUUCUGAUCAGCCUCCUGGUUGGUUUUAUUGGAAGCAAGUUUUACUGAAUAUAGAUCAACACCACAGACUUUUUUUUGGUUCAAGGGCAACAAAUUAAGCCGGUUACUCUUUAUAAAUACAAGCAUAUGUGAUAACAGGUGAAACUGUAACGAGUAAGCAGACAGUUGACUUCUCGGUCCACUUCAACGGACCGUGAGACAAUCACCAACAUGUCGUCAGGAGGUGGUACACCAGAGGUGGACAUAUUUGCAUGGAGCGAGACAAAGGAUGCCGAUGAGGGAACUCAGGAAUUUUGUGAUAAGGUGAAGGGAGAGGUGGAGAAAACAACAGGCCAAAACUUUGCAGAUUACAAAGCAGUGAAAUACAGGAAUAAGAAUCUGUGUGGAGGAGAACACUUCGUCAUCAAGGUUCAAGUUGGAGAAACCGACUACAUUCAUCUGUAUGUCACUCGUGUGACUGGGAUUCAACAUCCGGAGAGAGUACCUCCAUCACUGCAAGGUGUACAGCAGAACAAAACCAAAGAGGACCUCCUGGAACCUUUUUAGAGACUGAUCCCACAACCUGUUUCAACAGUGACAGUCUCACAGGCUGCAGUCUCAUAUUAAAAUGCUCUACUUCUUUAUUCUGAAAUGAUCUGACGCUGACUUUAAAUGCAUUAACACAUAGAGAUAAAGACAUUUGGUGUUGGGAAGCAGCAAGUUGAAUGCAAUACCUUCUGAAGACAUAAUAAAGAUGAGAUCAUUGAAAAUGUA